AUGCCUGACGGAUUCCCCCUUCCUAGGGUUGACGACCUAAUAGACAGCGUCGCCAGUGCUAAGUAUGUCAGUCGUUUGGACCUCCUGCGAGGUUAUUAUCUAGUGCCGUUAUCGCCCCAAGCGCAGGAGAUUUCUUCUUUCACCAUGCCUGGAGGCCUGUUUAACUACAGGGUGAUGCCCUUCGGUCUCUGCAAUGCAGCCUCGACCUUCCAGAGGCUUAUGAAUUGGCUAACGUACGACUUGGAAGGAACGGAAGCCUACCUAGAUGAUCUGGUAGUAUUCAGCGAUGACUGGCCUCAACACCUGGUUCGGCUGGAAGCACUCUUGAAAAGGCUAGAUGAACACCAUUUUACCGUCAACCUUGCUAGGUGUGAGCUUGGUCAGGCCCGGAUAAAAUAUCUGGGAUUUAAUAUAGGGCAAGGCACGGUUGCCCCCAUUAAUGCAAAGAUUCAUGUUAUUAUGGAUUUUCCUGCUCCGCAAGACAAGAAAGGUGUACAGAGGUUUCUAGGGAUGGCCGGUUACUACCGCCGGUUUUGCCCUAAUUUUUCGCAAGUGGCAGCACCGCUGUUUGAACUUACAAGUUCUAAAGUUCCUUUUAAAUGGACGACUACAAGUGAGUUAGCCUUUACUCGUCUAAAGCGUCUACUUGGUUCCUCUCCAGUUCUACAGAGUCCGGUGUUCGAUGCUCCCUUUACUUUACAAGUGGAUGCCAGCGAGUAUGCAGUCGGCAACAUUAUUGGUGACGGGCCACAGUUGAGAGACUAUGUCAUCUCCCUGGGUGUGGUUGAACCCCUCUUGGGGUUCAUCAACCCAGAGAUCCCAAUUGGGUUCCUUCGUAAUGUGACGUGGGUGGUGGUGAACCUGUGUAGGAACAAGGAACCUCCGCCUCCUCAGGAAACUAUCAAGGAGAUACUGCCUGCACUUAAUAUACUUAUACACCACCAGGACACCUCGAUCCUGGUGGACACAGUGUGGGCACUCAGCUACUUGACCGAUGGUGGUAAUGUAAAUAUUCAACUAGUGAUUGACAGCGGCGUGGUGCCCAAGCUUAUUCCACUACUCUCUCAUAAAGAAGUUAAGGUACAGACAGCAGCACUGAGAGCCGUGGGUAAUAUAGUUACGGCACUGAUGACCAGACCAGGUCGUUCUUAACUCGGAGCUUUGUUUCACUUCCCAGCUCUCCUGACACACCAGAAGGAGAAGAUUAACAAGGAAGCAGUGUGGUUCUUGAGCAAUAUCACAGCAGGCAACAAACAACAAGUUCAAGCAGUUAUAGAUGCAGGACUGAUCCCAAUGGUUAUAACACAACUCACUAAAGGAGAAUUUCAAACACAGAAAGAAGCAGCGUGGGCCAUUAGUAACUUGACUAUCUCUGGUAGUAAACAACAGGUGUCAUACCUGGUGAGCGAGGGCGUCAUCCCACCUUUCUGCAACCUGUUGACCUGUAAGGACACGCAGGUCAUCCAGGUCGUCCUGGACGGCAUCUCCAACAUUCUCAGCCGAGCCAGCGAUGAUGUGGAGAUGGUGGCUAAUAUGAUAGAGGAGUGUGGUGGACAAGAUAGAGUUUUCUAACAGAACCAUGAGAUUGAGAUAUACAAACUUGCGUAUAUUAGAUUUGAAGAUUAUUUCUCAAGUCAGGAUGCCGAGGACCCCAGUUUAGUGCCAGAAGCCACGGAAACAGAAUAUGCUUUCGACAAUAACAGCACCAGUGAGGGCGGCUUUCGCUUCUAGUGACUGCUGUCACUUAGUGCUUUCAAAAUUUCUCACAAUUCUGUGAAUUCAGUCAUUAUGAAUUGUAGGCGAUGCGUGAAUGUAUUUGUAUUUUUUAAUACCGUCGAUGAUAAAUUAUGAUACAUUGUAUUGCACUCCUACGUCUCAUAGUGGCUGGGUUGCACAGUAAAAUUUAGACUUGUCAAUCUCCGCUGUGAAUAUCAUGCUGGUCGAUUACUCACGAGCAGAAUUUUCAGCCACGGUUAAUCUUCCGUGAUGUAUUCCAGACUCGAAAUAUUGAGUGCUUAAAAAAACUAGAAAAUAUUCAAUUGGACGGUGUACAUGUGUGUGGAUUUAUGAGUGAACCGUGUGAAUAUUACGGUAGUUAAAUAAUAUCGUUGAGAAACUGAAGGCGUUGAGUGUCUAUCAACCUGUCAGAGAUAACCAGUGUUAUGGGAUCGGAGAUGUGAUCUACACUUAUUGGAGGGAGUGUAAACGAUGCGAUACGAGAAAUAUCACUUCACUUGCUGAAGGGAGUGUAAAUGUGACUCGACUAAAGGGACUUUCCGAGAGUGACUUACUGUCUGCCUAAUGUCAGGACCUUGCUGACGCAAAGUUCUCCAGUGUAUUUAAAGAACGGAUUCAGGUUUUAAUGUAAACAUUUAAUAGAUGGAAGUAGACAUGCAGAUGGGGAAAUACUUUGCAAUACUCCGACACUAGAGUCAACUCUAAUGCUAAGCUUCUCUUUGUAGUGUGACUUAAUGUGAUUGAAAAGGUUCAUUGAAAAUUGAAAAGCAUGCACUGUGAAAGCCUUUCAAUUUGCUAUUCAAUUUUGGAUGAACUGUUUCAGUCAUUUACAAAAACGAUCACUGUAUGAUGGAGCUUUAUAAAGGAGCUGACUACUUGAAACACUGUACUGGUGUCGGAGAAGCAGUGGUACUGGUACUGCAUUGGGACCCAGAACACACCCAGUGCUAGUCACCUGCUGACUGGUGUUGUGAAGAGGUGGAUUGCCUGACUGGACAUUUCGUCGACCCCCUUGCCGUUCGUGACUCGUCCGUCGUGAUAGUGGCUCCAUUGUAUCAUUAAUACACAUCAUCACGUAUUGACCACGUAUUAGCUACGUAUUAGCUCAUUAUCACCAAGGGAGGGUAAUACAGCGCUUAGAAAACCCACUGAAUGCUUCUUGCGCAUACAGUUAACUCUCUUAUAAAGUUCUUCUGUAUAUUAGGUUUCGUAAAUGAGACUGAACAAAUACAUUCAACAAUGAAAAGCAUGUGAAAAGACGUUCAUCUUACUUUCUAUUUAAAAUUGAAUAGCAAGUGGAAAGAUGUUCAUAGUACUUUUUAUUAAUUUGUUUUACUGUCCAGACCCCCAAAAUUAAUAUGGCUUUCAGUGUUCGCUUUAAAUAAAAAAAAUGUUCUGAAAUGGUAAAGUUCUUUUGAAGGUAAUGACACUAAUAUGAAAUUUGAUGGAAAAUUUAUGGAAUUAGGCAGGCGCAAAGAUAGUGGUCUCAGCGCAAUUUAUGCACUGGUGAUUUUUGCCGAAUUUGAGUCCUAUUUGAAGCCAAUUCCAUUGUUCCUUUCAUCCAAAUUCUUAGCUAUUUUGCUAGUAUGCCUUCUGUUCUAUCGAUUAAGCACAAGAAACUGCAAUUACAACUUCCCUGUAAAGUGCACUGAAGUCAGUAAUUUGGCCAAUUUUACACAGAAUUAAAAAGAUAAUUUUAAAUGUAAAUAUUGCAUUAUGCAGGUCUAUUAAAACCAUAAAACAGACUGUGGGGUUAUGAAAGGGGGCCUUAUCCAGUAUCAACAAAAACUUAUAUUUUUACUAUUUUGAACUCCAUUUCAAGCUGAUUCCAGUCUAGAAACCAAUCAGAAUCAUCUCUAUUUCAAUAAUAUUUUUCAUUACAUCAGUUAAUACCAAGAAACCCAAUAAAAUCAUAAAAACCAUCCGAGAAAGCAACUCAGAGUUAUUUUAAGCCAAACACAGGGUCAGAGUUUUGCUUUUCCCAUCAUGCACUGCAUGGGGCAGGAUGUAUUGUUAUACUGUGCACACUCGCCACACAGUUUCAUGCUCUCAUAUCUAGGACAAGAUUUACCACUCACAGCUUAUCUGAGCUGAGCUCUUGAUGUAGAUCUACUUGUGGGUUUAGCACUUAGUUUUGAUUUUAACAAUAUGUGAGGGUCCCUGGCAUCAGUAACAUACAUCUAAAUGAGGGACCCCUGCCAUCAAUAAUGUAAAUCUACAUGAAGGACCCCUGACAUCCUUGACAUCGGUAAUGUAAAUCUAUGUAAGGGCCCCUGGCAUCAAUAACAUUCUGCGUGAGGGACUUUGGCAUCAGUAACAUUCUAUGUGAGGGACUCUGGCAUCAGUAACAUUCUGUGAGGGACUCUGGCAUCAGUAACAUUCUAUGUGAGGGACUCUGGCAUCAGUAACAUUCUAUGUGAGGGACUCUGGCAUCAGUAACAUUCUAUGUGAGGGACUCUGGCAUCAGUAACAUUCUAUGUGAGGAACUUUGGCAUCAGUAACAUUCUAUGUGAGGGACUCUGGCAUCAGUAACAUUCUAUGUGAGAGACUCUGGCAUCAGUAACAUUCUAUGUGAGGGAUUCUGGCAUCAGUAACAUUCUACUUGAGGAACAAUACCUGCAAAGACACUCAACUUUCUAUCCAAAAAUGCAACAACUCAGUGAAAAAGAUAUUCAUUGCACAGACAUGAAAUUUCAACUCAGUUUUUGUGUCCCAUUUACCAAAAAUGCACUGUAUAGAUGAGCUCUAUAAGAGAGUUUACUGUACUUAGGUCAUCACUGUCCUUAAGAAUAUUGCAACAGAAGUUUAGCAGUGAAAUGUACCUAGUACGCAGUUAUUUCUGGAAUUAUUAUUUUUUACUUUUAUCAUUGCUGUAUAUUGGUUUGUAAUUACACCUUGAUUGUUUAUUGUU